AUGUCGGCGCCGAACGACGGCUACGGCCAAUAUCCCCCACAGGAGCAGCCCUACGCCGACCAGCCUCAGGAUGGCUACGACGCACAGGGAGCCCAAGCUCCUCAGCCGGCUGCCGCCGACCACGGCAAGAAGAAGAAGAGAGGGUAUGCUACCCAAGCCUACGAGUUUGGAGCUGGCGCCAACUCCGCUGCCGGCGCACCUGCUCAAGCGCAAGCUGCCCCGUACGGCAUGCCGCAACCUCAGGUCCCGGCCUACGGAGGUUAUCCCCAGCCAGAUGUUCAGCCCGCCGCCGCAGCUUAUGGCUCCCCCAGCCGCAACAGUACGGCAUGCCGCAACCCGCCGCCGCCGCCGCCGCCACGGCCGGAGGCUACGGCGGCUAUCAGCCACCUGAUGCCGGUCGCUGGCCUCAACCAGCAGAUGGCCGGCAUGAACCUCGGCGGCAACCCUCAGCAGCCACCUCCUGGCCAGCCGGCAGGAACUCGCCCCAUGGCCCUUAACCAGCUUUAUCCUACCGACUUGAUGAACCAACCGUUCAAUGUCUCCGAGCUGGAUUUACCCCCUCCCCCCAUCGUCCUGCCUCCUAAUACCAGCGUUACUCCCUCCCCCGAUGCGAACUGCGGUCCCAAAUACGUACGCUCUACGCUCAACGCUGUCCCGACAACACACUCUCUCCUGAAGAAGUCGAGAUUACCCUUUGCGCUUGUCAUCCAGCCCUACGGCGCUCUCCACGACAGCGAGGAUCCGGUCCCCGUAGUGCAGGACCAAGUAAUCGCGCGUUGCAGACGAUGCAGGACAUACAUCAACCCAUUCGUCACUUUCCUCGACCAUGGCCACCGCUGGCGCUGCAACAUGUGCAACCUGACAAACGACGUGCCUCAAGCUUUCGACUGGGAUGCUGCUUCGCAAAGAAGCACCGACCGAUGGGGCCGCUACGAGCUCAACUACUCCGUUGUCGAGUUCGUUGCGCCUCAGGAGUAUAUGGUUCGCCCGCCCCAGCCGCUCGUCUAUCUGUUCCUCUUCGACGUCAGCUAUGCCGCUGUCUCUACCGGCCUCCUCGCUACCAGCGCCCGAACUAUCCUUGACAGUCUCGACAGAAUACCUAAUGCUGAUCGUCGCACUCGCCUUGGUUUCAUUGCUGUGGACUCUAGCCUGCACUACUUCUCGGUUCCCAAGGACGGUGAGGAGAAUGCCGAGACCAGCAUGCUGGUCGUCAGCGAUCUUGAUGAGCCGUUCCUGCCUGUGCCCACAGACUUGUUGGUGCCCCUGACUGAGAGCCGCCAGAGCAUUGAGGGCUUCUUGACCAAGCUGCCCGAGAUGUUCCAAAGCAACCAGAACAAUGGCUCUGCCAUGGGCUCUGCCCUUAGAGCCGGUCACAAGCUUAUUUCGGCGCUCGGUGGAAAGAUUGUUGUACUCAGCGCCUCGCUGCCCAACGUUGGGGUUGGCAAGCUGGACAUGCGCGAGGACAAGAAGCUGCUCGGGACGAGCAAGGAAAGCAGUCUGCUGCAGACCGCCAACAGCUUCUACAAAAGCUUUGCCGUCGAAUGCUCCAAGAACCAAGUCUCGAUCGAUAUGUUUCUGUUUUCCUCGCAAUACCAAGAUGUCGCGUCUCUGAGCAACCUGCCGAGAUACACCGGAGGACAGACUUGGUUCUAUCCCGGCUGGAACGCCGGCCGUCCAGAGGAUGCCAUCAAGUUUGCUUCCGAGUUCAGUGACUAUUUGUCAUCAGAAAUCGGUCUGGAGGCAGUGCUCCGUGUUCGUGCCACCACAGGUUUGCGCAUGAACGCCUUUUACGGCAACUUCUUCAAUAGAAGCUCGGAUCUUUGCGCAUUCCCUGCGUUCCCUCGCGAUCAGUGUUAUGUAGUCGAGGUCGCCAUCGAUGAGAACCUGACCAAGAACGUUGUGUGCUUGCAGACGGCGGUUCUUCACACGACUUGUAAUGGAGAGCGUCGUAUCCGCGUCAUGACGCUCGCUCUGCCGACCACCACAAACCUUGCCGACAUUUAUGCUUCGGCAGACCAGCAGGCGAUCACCACAUACUUCAGUCACAAGGCGGUCGAGCGCGCCUUGAGUGGAGGCUUGGAGGCUGCCCGUGACUCUCUCCAGAACAAGCUGAUUGAGCUUUUGCAGACGUUCCGAAAGGAACUUGCAGGCGGCAGCAUGGGCGGUGGCUUGCAGUUCCCCUCCAACCUUCGCGGACUCCCCAUUCUGUUCCUGGGCCUCAUGAAAAACGUUGGCCUGCGCAAGUCGGCCCAGAUCCCGUCAGACCUGCGGUCGGCUGCUCUUUGCCUGCUGUCAACGCUUCCCGUUCCUCUCCUGAUGCAGUACAUCUACCCCCGCCUCUACUCGCUGCACGACAUGCCCGACAAUGCAGGCGUGCCCGAUCAGGAGACGAGCCAGAUCGUGCUCCCGCCGCCAUUGAACCUCUCAUCGGAACGUUUUGUUCCCUACGGCUUGUAUCUCAUUGAUGACGGCCAGACGCAGUUCUUGUGGGCCGGUCGGGACGCUGUGCCCCAACUCCUGGCUGAUGUGUUUGGAGUUGACGACAGGACCCAAUUGAGGGUUGGCAAGGGUGCGUUGCCGGAGCUGGAGAAUGACUUCAACGAGCGGGUACGGGCGGUCGUCCACAAAAGCCGGGACCACCGUUCCAAGGGAGUCGGCAGCAUCAUCCUACCCCACCUCUAUAUUGUCCGAGAAGACGGAGAGCCGAGCCUUAAGUUGUGGGCGCAGACACUGCUGGUCGAGGACCGGGCGGAUCAGGGUAUGAGCGCCGCGCAAUGGCUCGGAAUCCUUAGAGAAAAGGUUGUGACUUGA